CCGCCUUUUUAUCAAUUCGGAAUGAUCAUCAUCAUCCAUUUCCAACAUUGUAAAUAUUUGGAAACACAGCCUAUAAAAAGUAAAGAGAAGGCAUAGCAACAAUCCCAAAUUAGUGUAUUUGACUUUUGUUAUACAUACACACCUUGCUCUGCUUAGGUUUUCAUAUAGAUGGAAAUGGAAGAUGGCCGCCGUGUCAACCACCUCCCUCCAGGCUUUCGAUUUUGCCCUACCGACGAAGAACUUGUUCUUCACUUUCUCUACCCCAAGUCUCUCCGUUUACCUUGCUAUUCCAACAUCAUUCCUGAACUUGAUCUUCAUCGGCUUCACCCUUGGGAACUAGAUGGGAAGGCGUUGAUGAGCGGUAAACGGUACUUCUUCUUUAGCCAAAAGAUGGAAAAUCGGGUCCUGGAAAAUGGGUAUUGGAAGCAAUUAGAGAUGGAGGAGCCAAUCUUCAGUGGUGGUUCAGGGAAAGUUGGGGUGAAGAAACUCUUUGAAUUCUACAUUGGUGGGGCUCCAUUUGGUAUGAAAACAAAUUGGGUGAUGCAAGAGUACCAUCUUUGUAAUUGGGGCUCAGCUUUUUCAUCACACUACCCUAAAACAAAAGGAAUCAGAAAACUGGAUUCUAAUAAGUGGGUUCUAUGUAAAGUUGAAGAGCAUAAGGGCAAUGCUCAGAGCUUCAACUACAGUGAUGAAGAUGGAAGUGAGCUAUCAUGCCUUGAUGAAAUGUUCUUGUCAUUGGAUGAUGAUCUUGAUGAUAUAUCUUCCUCCCAUUUCUUGUGAAUAUAUAUAUAAUUUGCUAGUUUUUAUAUCUAGUUUUGCUGUUUUGUUAUUGUAUAGAGUACAAAGAAAAAUAAAUGUUUUGUAGAAUGCUUUUUAUAUAUAUAUAUACAUAAAGUUUAUAAA